GAACUGAAAAAGGACCCUAAAGAGGGCAGUCAAACAGCAGAUGAGCCAAAGGAAGAGCAGCCUCAGAAGAGAGAGAAGGUGGGGAACGUGGCCGGCCUGGUCCAGAGAAUAAGCACUCUUGGCAUCCCGACCGGUGCCUUCCAGCCACCAGUGCCCGCAGCUUCAAAGAAGCCUAAGAAGAGACAGUGCAAGGUGCUAUUUGACUAUCAACCGCAGAACGAAGACGAGCUGGAGCUGAAAGUUGGAAACAUCGUAGAGAUCACUGAAGAGGUAGAAGAGGGCUGGUGGAGCGGCACCUUGAACGGUAAAUCAGGCAUUUUUCCCUCCAACUUUGUCAAAGAGCUGGAGCCCAUGGGAGACAUCGGAGAGUCCAAUGACACCAGCAGAGCAGAUGACACUGAUGGAAAUGGAGCGGAAAGCAUUGGCACACCCACCUCACCAUUGCCCACUCCGGGGAACGGAGGCAUUGCCCAGCCCAAGAAGAUCAAAGGAGUCGGCUUCGGAGAUAUUUUCAAAGAUGCUUCUUACAAAAAACGGCACUCAGUGCAAACCCCUGACAAAGAGGAGAAGAACGAAAAUCUUUCACACUCUGUCUUUAUCACUAGCUCAGCUUCCCCCACUCUCCUCCACUCCUUACAUACCACCACAUUUCACAUGUUCUCCCACAGUCUUCUUCACAGCUUCAGGUAUCUUCAUGUGACCUUCAUCAUCCCUCAAACACUACUGUCUGACUUUGACUUAUUGCACCUUUUAGGGACCCCCCCCCCGACCCCACUCAAAUAAACCCCCAAAACCUUAAAAACUGAUUCAUACCUAUUCCUUUUAGCACCUCAUUGUUGCUGGCUUUCAAACAUUUCUCAGGAUUCUUUAUCCUCAUGCUCUGUUUUUCUUGCCUGUGACUGAAGCACUUGUCAUUCUUCUUUCCUGCUGCGUCCUAUGAUCCGUAACUAUUAAUCUCAUAAUUAGCAACACAGUCCAUCUGAUGUCCUUUAAAAAAAAAAAAGAAAAAAAAAGAAAGAAAGCUGUUUGGAUUAUUCCACUCAUUUCAGUUCAGACACACUGUUCAACAGACAACGCGCCUCCAAACACUGUCCACUCAUGUCUGAUAAAUCAUUCCCAUCUGUAUGGUUU